AUGAUUAGAAAACUGACUGCUUUGAUUCUUCUGACUGCAGCAUCUCUGACUCAAACUAAUGAGGUUCCUCAUCAGAUCACUUUGAAAGUGGUUGAAGUUGAUUGUGAAAGUCGAACACUGACUCAAGUCAGACAAACUCCAGGAACAUCAGUCCAGGAGGGGGACAAAGUUAAUCUCCACUGUUCUCUUAACCCCAGCAGUAGAGACAACACCAGUCAUAAUCCAUCUGAUUACAAUGUGUACUGGUUCAGAGCUGGAUUUGGAGAAUCCCAUCUAAGUUUUAUUUACACCCAGAAGAACAGGAGCAGUAAUAGUAGCUGUGUCUCCCAGCUGUCCAAAACUAUACAGAACUCCUCAGAUACUGGGAUAUAUUACUGUGCUGUGGUCACAUGUGGAAAGAUCUUGUUUGGAGAAGGAACUAAAGUAGAGAUGAGUUCACAAUUCAAUCCAGCUGUUCUUGUACUUAGUGUGCUGUUGGCGUGCUGUGUGACGCUAAUUAUUUCUCUUAUUGUAUACAUAAAACUAAAAGUUUGUGGACAUUUUGAAGGCCCGUCUGGACGGCAGAAGACACUAGGAAACCAACCAAAUGACACAGGUGCUCAUGGAGAUGAAGCCAAUUAUGUAGCUCUUAAUUUCUCCACAAGGAAGACAAGAGGUGUAAAGAAGAGAACAGAACCACCACCAGAGUGUGUGUACUCAGCUGUAAGAGGAGGUCGUCCCACACUGCAUGAAAUGUCUUAGAGCCGGACAUGUGUGUGUAGAGCUUGGACACAACAUGCUUGCAUGACUGACAACAAAUUAACAUUGUGCGUUUGUUGGUUUUGCCACUCUGCAGAUUUUACUACUAAAAUGUUUUCAACCUUGCUUUUUGCAAACUUUUUCUCAUAGAAUUGGAUGAUGGUAUAAAAAUUAACUAUGUAUAAAAAUUGUUGACAAUCAAGAUUUCACAUUGUUCAAUAAUGCACUGUGAAAACAUUACAUAUUUCUAUCAAAAAUAAAGUAUUUCCCUGGCAACCUGCA